CCCUGCAGGCCAGUCAGCAACCACCAAGAUCAACCGCAGCUCCGGCGAUCCAUCGCCAUUAUCUGAUUAUCUCCCACUUGUCCAAACGAAACUGCAAGUCUCCGUGCCUGGCUACGAUAAAUAACCUAGAGAUAAGGACCGGAGGAGGAACCGGAGAAGAGAGAAGCAAGUCUCGAGAGAGGAACCGGGGGAGGUUUGGAUCGAUUUGAUAUCGAUCGAUCGGCCGGCCGGAGAUGGAGGGGAACGGGCACCGCGAGAUCCACCCGGCGGCGGCAAAGGAGAAGGUCAUCAUCGACACGGAUCCCGGCAUCGAUGACAGUGUGGCGAUCAUGAUGGCAUUUAAUUUACCGAGCGUUGAGGUCCUAGGCCUCACCACCAUCUUCGGCAAUUGCACCACUGCGUACUCUACCCGCAACGCCUUGAUACUGUGUGAGAAGGCAGGCCGUACUGAGGUGCCAGUAGCCGAGGGCAGCGCUGAGCCUCUCAAGGGUGGCAAGCCGAAUGUUGCUGACUUUGUUCAUGGAUCGGAUGGCAUUGGGAACGUACCUGUUACUGAUCCCACCACCAAGAAAGCAGAGCAAACCGCUGCACAGUUUCUGGUAGAUAAGGUGUCACAGUCCCCCGGGGAGGUCUCUGUACUUGCCUUAGGCCCUCUGACAAACAUCGCAUUGGCCAUCAAGAUGGACCCCUCCUUUGUGACCAAGGUGAAGAAGAUAGUUGUGCUUGGUGGAGCUUUCUUUUCGGCAGGAAAUGCCACCCCAUCAGCUGAAGCAAACAUCCACAGCGACCCGGAAGCAGCCGACAUAGUUUUCACUUCAGGAGCAGACAUCUACGUGGUUGGCCUCAACAUAACCACCCAAGUCAGCUUCACAGGUUUAUUCAUCUACGAUGAUCUCUCGGAGCUGAGGAACUCGAAGGGGAAGCACACGCAGUUCCUGUGCGACAUCUGCAAGUUCUACAGAGACUGGCACCUCAAGUCCUAUGGUGAUCCCGCUGUGUUCCUGCAUGACCCGGUGAGCUUCGCGGCGAUGGUCCGGCCUGAGUUCUUCACGUUCAGGAAGGGCGUGGUGAGGGUGGAGACCCAGGGUAUCUGCAGAGGGCACACCUCCAUGGACAUGGGGCUCAAGAAGUUUAACACGGAGAACGCGUGGUCUGGCUUCUCGCCGAUCUCGGUGGCGUGGACGGUGGAUGUGCCCAGGGUUGUCGCCUUCGUCAAGGAGCUUCUCCUCAAUUAAGCAUCAACGAUCCAUCUCAGCAUUGAGUGGUCUGUAAACUGUAAAUUAUUCACGAUCGAUUCAUACGUAUUCGACGUACUGCUGGCAAUUCUAUGGUGGUCAUUAAUUAUUGCAUGCGAUGAAUUCGCAAAUUAUUCGAACUUCGAAUGUACAUGAAUGGGACAAUCCAUGGAGUUAGUUAUCUGAAGCUAAUGUUAUCUUUUCUCAAAUAAAACACAUCA